UUUUUUUUCUUUCUCUUUUCCCCCAUCCAUCAUGCCUGGUAGAACCUACAGCAAGACCUCCAAGGUCCCCAAGCGUCCUUUCGAAUCCGCUCGUCUUGACCAAGAACUCAAGUUGAUUGGUGAAUUCGGUCUUAAGAACAAGAAGGAAAUCUGGAGAGUCGGAUUGACUCUUUCCAAGAUCCGUCGUGCUGCUCGUGAACUUUUGAAGCUCGAUGAAAAGGACCCUCGUCGUCUCUUUGAAGGUAAUGCCUUGAUCCGUCGUCUUUUGCGUAUUGGUGUUCUUGACGAAACCCGUAUGAAGCUCGAUUACGUCUUGGCUCUCAAGAUUGAAGAUUUCUUGGAACGUCGUCUCCAAACCCAAGUCUUCAAGUUGGGUCUUGCCAAGUCUAUUCACCACGCUCGUGUCUUGAUCCGUCAACGUCACAUUCGUGUUGGUAAGCAAAUCGUCAAUGUUCCCUCUUUCAUUGUUCGUUUGGAAUCUCAAAAGCACAUUGACUUUGCUUUGACCUCUCCUCUCGGUGGUGGUCGUCCCGGUCGUGUUAAGAGAAAGAGAGCUGCCGCUGCUGCCGGUGGUAACGACGAUGCUGAAGAUGACGAAGAAUAAGCAGAUCGCUUUUUUUUUUACAGACCAAAUAAACACCUGACUUUCUUGUAAUUACCCUUC